CGCCCGCCAGCCCGCCUGCUGGCGCGACGCGUGCGGGAUCAAAGCAGCCGGGAAGGGGCGGGGCGGGGAGGUGUCAGGAACCUGGAGGUGCGAGCGAGCGAGCUUCCCGGCCCACCGCGGGAGCGUGGGAGCGCAGAGUCCCGGGAGGCUACAGAGAUCUGGAGAGACGACGAGACAUCCCGAAGAGACCCAGAGACAGGACGAGAGAAUCCCAGAAACCCGAGAGAGACAGACACAGAUGCAAAGACCGGAGAGACCACGGAGGAACCCAAGAAAUCGCUAAGAAACCUGAAAGAACGUGAGAGAUCCAGAAAUAGAGUCACCAAGAGGCAGUCAGAGACCCGAAAGACAGCAAGAAAAAAAAAAAAAAAAAAAGGCCCGACGUCUCAGGGACACGGGAAAAGGAAGCACGCUUUAAAGAACAGGAAAUAAAGCGAAAGGAAGAGAAGUGGGAAGAGGGAGGAGGGCGGGGAGACCUCGCUCCUCCCCCGCCGAGGGCCGCUUGGACCCCCGGGGUGGGGAUCCGAGGGCCGGGUCCUUUCUCAGGGUCACGCCUGUGGAAGUGCAGGCCAGGGGAGGAGAAAGGGGUGUGGAGGCAGUAGGAUCCCCAGUUGAGAGAAGGGAAGUCGGAGGACGUGCGGAAUUUGGGUCUAGAGAGUCAGAGGCUGCAUUUAAAUGUUCGGUAGAAAUGUUUAAAGAAAGAUUUUUUUAGAAAUAUCAUCAAAUACGUUCCUUCCCCUUCGGAGACAGAGGAAAAGGAAAAAAGGAGAUACUAUGCAUUGUGCGUUUUAGAAAUAUCAUCAAACAUAUUCCUUCCCCUUCAGGAAACAGAGAAAAGAGAGACUGUGCAUUGGCCGGGAAUCGAACCCGGGCCUCCCGCGUGGCAGGCGAGAAUUCUACCACUGAACCACCAAUGCAGAUAGGAAGGAUGCUUGUGAUUAUCUUAGUUGAGCCUGGAAAGACUGAUGCAAAUGUAAGCCCUGGGCUCAAGGAAGGAGAGGCCCCUAAUGGUUAACGUGGGUGGAACGCCAGGUCAUUCUUCCUCCCUCCUGGAUCCGGCCACCCGGCCAUAAAACCAGUCCAUAUGGCCAGGGGCGGCCCCACACCCGGGUGCGAACAGCCCAGGGCCCCGAGCCUCGCGUGCAGGUAUUUCGUCCUGAAGUCUCCAAGUGUUCACCGAUCUUUCUGCAGAGGGUCAUGUUCUUGGUUUGAGAUGCUCAAGCCGCUUGUGGAGAAGCGGCGCCGGGACCGCAUCAACCGCAGCCUGGAAGAGCUGAGGCUGCUGCUGCUGGAGCGGACCCGGGACCAGAACCUCCGGAACCCGAAGCUGGAGAAAGCGGAGAUACUGGAGUUCGCCGUGGGCUACUUGAGGGAGCGAAGCCGGGUGGAGUCCCCGGGGAUUCCCCGGUCCCCAGCCCAGGACGCCGAGGCGCUCGCCAGCUGCUACUUGUCCGGUUUCCGCGAGUGCCUGCUCCGCUUGGCGGCCUUCGCGCAUGAUGCCAGCCCGGCCGCCCGAGCCCAGCUCUUCUCCGCGCUGCAAGGCUACCUGCGCCCCAAACCGCCCCGGCCCGAGCCGGUAGAUCCCAGGCCUCCAGCGCCGCGCCCACCGCAGGACCCCGCCGCACCAGCCCUUGGCCCCGCGCUACACCAGCGCCCCCCAGUGCACCAGGGCCCCCCUAGUCCGCGCUGCGCCUGGUCCCCAUCCCUCUGCUCCCCCCGCGCCUGGGAUUCCGGCGCCCCGGCGCCCCUCACCGGACUUUUGCCGCCGCCACCACCGCCUUACAAACAAGACGGGGCGCCCAAAGCCCCGCCACUCCCGCCGCCCGCUUUCUGGAGACCUUGGCCCUGA